GUGGGCUUUGCUCUUGAGUUGGCCACCACACAGUCCAGAAACAGUUGGAUACGACCUGCUAGAGAAGUUCGAGGGCAACUACUUCCUCUACCUUGGCGAGCAGGAGGACCUCCGCGUUGGCGACAUGGGCCUCACUGGAGGCCGGGAGCUGCUUUCCAAAAUUGCAGAG